UGCGGUCCGCGCGCACCAGCGACUGGGCGCUGCGACGCCGCUGCGGCUCCGAGGGGCCCUGCUCUCGCCUGCGCUCCUGGGGGCUUCGUGGUUGGCCUUUUCUGCCGGGUGACUGGCCUCUUUCAAGGAGGUUUCAAGUGGACACGAGGCAAUCGAGCAGGGCUCCCGUGAGGGGCCGAGGUUUCUGUCCCCACAACACUGUCCUCAUUAAAGGGUUGCAUCUGAGCCCUGCACCCCAAAAAAUGAGUCAGGUUGAGGAAGGCGUCGCGGGCAUCCAAAAUUCAUCACGAUAGACGAUACCUCCAACCCGAGAGCCCCUACUGCUCCAACUAGAACUUGAGGGCCGAAAGUGGACACAUCCUGGAGCUGCUAGGGGCAGCAGGAUGUACCUGGGGAGAAGGGGGGGGCGCUUGGUCUGAUGACCCAAAGCCCAGUGGAGAGAGUGAGGGGGACCGCGCGGGGAGACAGGACAGAUGCCUCCAGAGGGUUUCCUGCAGUAGCAGGAGCCGGGGAACUUGACUUUCAUGGCUGUUUCUCUUUUGCUAGCUCCGGCUUCCCAGGACUGUGCUGCGAGGAGGGCAUGACCAAGUUCCAGGGCAUUUGUGCAGAUCGUUGUCAGUAAAGGAGGAGCACUUACUGUUUUAGGAGCCAGUAACAUUCGAGGAUUUCUCUGUGGACUUCACUGAGGAGGAGUGGGGUCCCCUGGACCCUGCUCACAGGAAGCUGCACAGAGCUGAGAUGCCACAGCCCUACAGCCACUUGGUCUCAAUGGGAGACUUGAAUGAAAAUUCUGUGGAGAAUCUUCAAGAGAAAGGACUUGGGGAUCUUUUACAUGAAGAGCUUUUCUGCUGGCUAAUUUUGGAAGAGAUGGCCAGUACCGUAACUGGGAGUAAGGAUUACAUUGUGAAUCUUCAAGGAGAAAUAUACAGGAGCCCUGAGCUAGAUCUUUCCCUUUGUCAAAAGUGGGGAGAAGCAUCUUCUCACGUUUCCAGCAACAAGAGCAGUGGCGUGGCCCUUCAAGGUGGUGAUGUCAACAAGUGUUUAAGUGCCAUGGAAAGUGAAGAGUAUUUGUCUUUGAAAGUUCCGAGCCAAGUGGCCACACAGGACUCCUCAGUGACGUUUUGUAAGAAUGAGCCCCAGGAUCCUCAGGAGAGAAAAAGUCUGUUUGUAACAGAAGAAAGUACUGAGAGAAAAGUAUUAGGAGGGAAAAGUCCACCCAUAGACCACUGUUCAGAGACCCUUCAUAUUAAACUUGUGUCUGAUGUAAUAGAACUGGUCUCACCAUUGUUCAGUGGUGAAGCUAUUUGCCAGAAGAGCCAAUUGAAAGAAUCCUUGGAUCCCUUUGACUGUAACUGUAAUAACAUUUAUGGUUGGAAAUCACGGGUGGUCAGUCAUCAGAGAGCUCCUACAGAGAAGCAUCCCUGUAACCAUUAUGACUCUGGCAAAAUACCUAAUACCAGCUCAGAUAGUCAUCCAUGUGAGAAAAUGCACAGUGCAGAGAAACAAUACCAAUGUAGUUGGUGUGGUAAGGACUUCAGUGAGAGCUCAGAACUACUACUUCAUCAGAGAGAUCACACAAAAGAAAAGCCCUACAAAUGUGAGCAUUGUGGGAAGGGUUUCGUGAGGAGCUCAAGUCUCCUCAUCCAUCGAGCCAUCCACACUGAUGAGAAACCUUAUAAGUGUGACAAGUGUGGGAAGGGCUUCACAAGGAGUUCAAGUCUGCUUAUUCAUCAUGCAGUCCAUACAGGCGAGAAACCUUAUAAAUGUGACAAGUGUGGGAAGGGCUUUAGUCAGAGCUCCAAAUUGCAUAUCCAUCAGCGAGUGCACACUGGUGAGAAGCCCUAUGAGUGUGGGGAGUGUGGAAUGAGCUUCAGUCAGCGCUCUAACCUGCACAUCCACCAGCGAGUCCACACAGGAGAGAGGCCCUACAAAUGUGGAGAGUGUGGCAAGGGCUUCAGUCAAAGUUCGAACCUUCACAUUCACCGGUGCAUACACACAGGGGAGAAGCCUUACCAGUGCUAUGAGUGUGGAAAGGGCUUCAGCCAGAGCUCAGAUCUCCGCAUCCAUCUCAGAGUUCACACUGGGGAAAAGCCUUAUCACUGCGGCAAGUGUGGGAAGGGGUUUAGCCAGAGCUCCAAACUCCUCAUCCACCAGAGAGUACAUACUGGAGAAAAGCCCUAUGAGUGCAGCAAGUGUGGGAAGGGCUUCAGCCAGAGCUCCAACCUCCACAUCCACCAGCGAGUUCACAGGAAAGAUCCCUGUUAACAAACUCUUCAAUUAUAUGCUUGUACUCUAAAGACUUAAAUAUUUUUAACAUCACUCUGACCUCUAUAUUCUAUGAAGAAAGAUGAGUUAUUAAGAUUUCCCUCACUGAAAAUUCAUUCAUUUGAAGUAUUUAAGUGCCAAGAACUUUGUUAUAUUAUACAAUGAAUUCCUUGUUCUAGUUCCUUAGAUAGGUGGAGUGAAAACAGCUGUACACUAGCUCAGCCAGUGUUGUUAGAACUACACUAGAGGCCCAGUGCAUGAAAUUUGUGCACGAAUAGGGUCCCUAGACCUGGCCAGAAAUCAGGGCCGAUCGGGACCUUCAUUCCCUAGCUGAUGGCUGCUAGCCAGGGCCUUCCUUCGUUCUGCGCUGCCCCCUGGUGGUCAGCACACAUCAUAGCGAGUGAUUGAACUCCUGGGGGGACACUUUGCAUAUUAGCCUUUUAUAUAUAUAGAUACCCGCAUUUAUAACUGCAAGGACAUUACAUUUAUCCAAGUUCAACAUGUUUCCCUUUGUUCACAAUCUCUGAGAAAACAUAACACUGAUUUCUCUUCAAA